CACACACACAUGCUCAUAAACGGACCCGUACAGGCAAGAAACAGCUUUAGUCCCACAAAGAAACGCCAGUGGAUAAAAGAGAAAUUACGGAAGAAAGAAAAAGAGUAAAAGCUGGUUUUGAUGAUCACAUUGCAUUGCCAAACAGCUUUUGAGGAUAUGAAAACAGUUAUUGGCACAGACGAUUCAGAAAUUCUGCAAUAAAAUCACACUCUCAGUCAAUGAUUUCAACAGUCAGGAUCUGAUUCUACAAGAGAUCGGUGGAUUUUUCAGAGACUGGAGCACAAUUUCCUGAAAAUAAAUUUCUUGCAUUUUUAUCAAAUGAAUUCAGACUCUGUUGCAAUGACAGAUCUCUGUGAAAAGAUGCAUAAACCGGAGACAGUGUGCAUCUUUGGAACGGGUGAUUUUGGACGCUCACUGGGGCUCCGUUUGCUCCAGUCAGGAUACAAUGUUGUAUAUGGAUCCCGGGACCCUAAAAACUCUCUGUUGUUGCCUAAGGGGUCAAAGGUCAUGACUCAUGCAGCAGCAGCUUGUGAAGCUUUUGUGGUAUUCGUGGCUGUGCAGAGGGAGCACUAUGGAUUUUUGAGCUCCCUGGCUUCAGAUCUUGAGGGAAAGGUACUGGUAGACGUCAGCAAUAAUCUCAAGAGGGGUCUGUACCCAGAAUCCAAUGCAGAAUACCUGAGCAGGCUGGUUCCAGGGGCGACGGUAGUCAAAGCCUUCAACACCAUCUCUGCCUGGGCACUGCAGUCAGGAGGACUAGAUGCCAACAGACAGGUACUUCUCUGUGGCGACCGUUCUGAUGCUAAACAGCAAUUGAUGGACAUUGCUCAAAGUCUUGGUUUCACUGCCUUGGACAGAGGCUCCCUGCGGGUGGCUGCUGAGUUAGAAGAUCUGCCCUUGCAACUCUUCCCUCUCUGGAGACUUCCUCUCAACAUCGCCAUUUGUUUAACAGCUUUCAUAUUCUUCUACGCGCUCACAAGAGAUGUUAUCUAUGAGCGUGUUACCAAUGGUAAAGACAUUGCUUUUCGAAUUAUGAUCUCGCUGGCCAACAAGGCCUUUCCUAUCGUCUCUCUGGUGAUGCUGGCCCUCUGUUACCUGCCGGGCGCGUUGGCUGGAUUUCUGCAACUUUAUAACGGCACCAAGUACCGUCGCUUCCCUGAUUGGUUGGAUCGCUGGAUGCUGUGCAGGAAGCAGCUGGGUCUGCUAGCGCUGGCCUUCGGUUUUCUACAUGUUCUCUACACUUUAGUUAUACCCAUCAGAUACUAUGUACGCUACAGGAUAAAUGUCUACACUAUAUCACUGGUAAAAGAUAAUAAAACCUAUGAGUUUGACAACAUGGCAGCCUGGCGUUAUGACUCGUACUAUUCCAUGGGAAUUCUUGGAUUUGGGCUGUUUGUCCUACUAGGAAUUACAUCCCUUCCAUCUGUGAGCAAUUCCCUAAACUGGAGGGAGUUCAGUUUUGUUCAGUCUAAACUAGGCUACGUCACCCUGCUGCUCUGUACUGCUCACACAUUUCUGUAUGGCUGGGACAGUUUUUUGAAACCUUCAUCAUAUAGGUGGUGGAUGCCUCCAGCAUACAUGUUGUCUCUGGUUGUCCCCUGUGUGGUUCUGAUUCUAAAGCUAAUCCUGAUCACUCCAUGUGUGGACAGCAAGGUCACCCGUAUCCGUCAAGGCUGGGAAAGACAGGGCAAGACUUCAGCAAACAACAUAGAUACAAAGACAAACCAACCACUCAUGGCAUAGCCAUCUUUAAACUUUAUGAAAACUGUGAGUUGGACUUGCCCCGAACUUUACUGCUAAAAGUGCUUUAAAAUGUUGCAAUGAAAAGGUUGCAAUGGAAAAACUGAUUUAAUUGAGCAACUGACUUUGGAUUUGACUUAGACUCAAAAUUAGAGACAGCAUAGAUCUUUAGGUGUACAAGAAAGGAUAAAUAUUCCCUCCUAAUACAGACAUUGGGCCUUUUUAUGGGCAUUCAUGAAACAUUCAUAAAUAUAUGAGUAAAUUCUGAUUAAUUUACGCAUAAAACAGACCUUCCUGAAAACUCUCCUACAGAUUCACAAAUACUUUGUUAAGGUCAGAUUUGAUAGUUAAAUGUUAUUGAAUUCCAAUCAUUCAUAAAUAGGGCGCGCAUGCACGCUCAUUCACAAUUAGCAUAUUCCCCGCAUAUGAUUUACAGCUACGCAAAUUACGUAUCUAGGAAUGGUGUGGAAUCCUUUGAACUCAGUUCUCAGGUUUAGCAAGUUAUAUUACAUAAAAGCAUAAGAGAUUAAUAGGCUAUAUAUGUUGUUUGCUAUUACGCGUUGUUUGCUAUUAACAUGUUAUAGUAGUAUCUUAUUUGAAGAAUAGUACUGAAUAUAAAAGUGCAGUAACCAUCAAUAUUAACUUCUCCAUUGUUGUGUUGUACAAGUAUGAUGGUUGGUCAAUGUAGUGUUUGUCCCGCCCCUCCUCCACUGUGAUUGGACAGCUGUGUAAAAAGGGACAGUUACAAGCUCUGCGUUUUACCAAAUGAUGAAGCGUAAAAAAUGACAGGGCAAAUGAACUCAUUAGAUAUCAUUAUAAUAUAUAAAAAUGCAGUGUCAUCAGUUUGUCUAGAAUACAGAGCAUUUGAAGGUUUUAUGCACUAUUAACACGUGGUAGGGAGCAGGUGUAACUAACAUUUUCAAAAUACGGACAUUUUCAUGAAUCCGAAAAUUUAUGUCAGAACGACUUUCUGAACGAUUUGCACAAAAAUUUGUUCUGCUAAUGUUUCAUGAAUGAGGCCCAUUGUCCAUUAGACACAAAAUUUGGGACAAUUUUUUUGGGGGCCGAAUGGUCCCUACUUUGCCAACUUAUAUUCAUUAAUAUAAGAUAUAAAAUAUUCAUUUUAUAAGAUAAUAGGUGGCAACAGUAGCCAUUGAAUGAUUCACGUUAAAUCAAGGAUUCAUUAAAACCCACUUAAUUUAGGAACAAAACAAGUUGUUAUCUUCAUGAACAUUUCAUUGCAGUUGCUCUACCGACUCGUUCAAAACACUGAUUCAUUCAGUAACACUGAUCCAGGUAUUCACUACUGCACGACCCACAAUUCUGGAUUUUAUCUCGUUGGUUGAGCCUUAAACAUUAGAGUUGACUUGAACUCAUAACAGAGACUUAACAGCUCUUCUGCUUGAGUGUAUGGAAGCCCAGAUGAGAGAGAGAGUUUGACUUCUUAAUACACUUCACUAUGCUGAGCGCUACUUACAGUUAAGCGGCACUUAUUACAAUUAACCAACUGUAAGAAAUUCUUUGGAGCUGAUCCUUCAACUCACACUGGUGAUUACAUCUCACAUGAUCUCACAUUACUCUAUAACCUACAAAUUCCAUUUAAAAGCCAUUCUCACAAAUGCAUAUAUAUGUGUGUGUGUGUGUGUGUGUGUGUGUGUGUGUGUGUGUGUGUGUGUGUGUGUGUGUGUGUGUGUGUGUGUGUGUGUGUGUGUGUGUGUGUGUGUGUGUGUGUGUGUGUGUGUAUUGACCAUAUAUUUAUAGUACAUCACAACAUAACCAAUCUAUAUCAUCUGUGUUCAUGUUAGAAAUUGUCAAUCCCCUUUAAAGUAUACAAAGGCAGCAAUGAUGGGGCUGUUACUUGUCUUUUUUAUUACCUGCUUCCUCUGGGCUAUUUCCUCUCAAGAGCCUCCCAGUGGGCUUUUCCCUUUAGAUAUUAUCGAUCCAAAACUGAGCAGCAACUUACUUCUUGAUCUGUUUCUAGUCUGGGCUUUCCUGUCUGCAGGAAAGCUCAUCUUUCUGUCUCUUGUGAAGUAUAAAGAAGCUGUCAAUCACAUUGGCAUUCACCUUCACUGGUGGAUGUGCUUUUAUGAAGAAUUACAGGCUGCAAAGAGUGUAGCUUAGACCAAAAUAGCAAGGCUCAUUUUGUGACAAAUAUUACUGAAAACCUGUGGGCGCACCAUUGAAGAAAAAUAAUAACUUUGCUUAUUCUGAGCACAACAUUGAGUGUGUUUAACAAUAAUUAUUGGAUAUUCACUUUGAUUUUAUUUUUGUAUUACAUAUAUACCAAAUAAAAAAAUGGCAUAGCA